CACGAGUCCAAAUAUUCUGAACAUUAUGUUCUCGAAAUUUUGAUCUGUGAAAAACAUAGUUGCGUAUUUUGUGUAUUGUGUGUUCACCAUGUUACCGUUUUUUAAAAAGAUUCAAAGUUAUCGUGCUUUUAGAACUCGCCCGAAGAACGCCAUCGACUUGACUCGAAUGUUAAUUUUUUAUUUUUUUCAUAAACAUUGAAUAAUAAAUAACAAGAAUAAUAAUAUUGAAACUUAGCGCUAUCGAGAAUUUCGAUAAUCGUCGUUUCCAGUCGAGUCGAUUAUACAUAGACGUCAGACUAGCCGUCUUGUUAUCGCGUGUAGCUACAUGUUAUGUCAGGUUUGUUGUGAAUUUGUGAUGGAACGUCAAUAAUUACUGUUCGUCAGUACUCAGUAGUAACUCAACAUGGCUUCUGUUUCAGAUAUGGUGUACACUUUAAAAAGACAAAUAAGAAAUAUGAAUUCUAAUAAUAUGGAAUUUAUUGAUCUUGAUGAUGAAGAUGCAGAUGCAACCUGGGGUGGCAAGAGGACUAGAUAUGUAUACAAUUAUACUUUACAGUGUACUGAUUUUAUUUCAGACACAGAUAAUUCAGAUGCUACUGAAAGUAUAUACAGUGUUCAAUCAAAAACUACAAUGGAAGCAAUAAGUGAAGUGGAUCUUUCCUCGGAUUGUGGAAGCGAUUGCGUGUGUGUUGGUCAAAUAAAUCAUACCGAGUUUGAUGUGAUAAGCACAUCAUCAUCUUGCCUUAAUAUAGAAUCAAAUUCUUCAGAUUCUUCAACAUUAAUAGAUUUUAAGGUAACCAAAAAUAUUAUAAAUUGCGAUAAAACUAUGCUUGAUGACAAAGGAUAUUUUCCUGAUGAUAGUGAUGUUACUUUAACUUCUUCCAAGACAAAUGUGGUGCCUCCUCCAGCAUGUUUUAAAAUAUGCCUACAAUGCAGGAAAGAAAACCCCAAUCCCUACUUCCAAUAUUGUUUUGUUUGUUUUCGAUUUAGAAUGGAUUUUUUUGGUAGUAAGCCUCGUUCUAAGACAAAAAAUGUCAAACGCUUAAAUGUGUCUAAGCCUAGAAACAAAGACAACUUACUCGAAGAUUCUCAAAAAUCCAGUCAAUCAAAUUCUUUACAAGAUGAUUCAACUCAGCCAAAAAAUAUUAAUAAUAGUAUCAUAAAUGAAAAUAUUGAUAACAUAUGUAAUAUAUGUUUCAAAAUGCCCAAAAAUGGCGUUUUUAACCAUGGAAAAAUUGGUCAUAUUUAUUGUUGUUAUUCGUGUGCUAAAAAUCUAUGGAAGAAAUCAAAUAAAUGUCCCUUAUGUAACGUAAGAAUUAAAUUUGUGACAAAAAUGAUUAUUGUCUAAUAUUUAUAGUUUCUAUUUUGUUUUUUUUUUAUUUUUUAAAUAUUUUAUAGUUUAUUUCUAGCACUAAUUUAUUAUUGUUUAUUAUUACCUAGUAUAAUUGUAGUUUAUUUAUCAUUGUUUACUACUUACAGAAUAUAAUUAUAUGUUAUUUUUAUGCUCUGUUUCAUAAUAUAAGAGUAAUCUCAGGCAGCCCCUGUAUGACCUAAAUAAUGUAUUGAGGGGUAUAGUCUGAUUAUACUUCACAAAAAUCGGUUAUCUUUUGAGAUUACUCUUUUAUUAUGAGAAAGAGUAUAGAAAGUUUAGUUUAUUGUUUAAUUUUUUUUUUUUAUUAAAAUUUUGAUAAUUUUUCUACUUAAAUAUUUAAUUUUUUAUAACUACUGUUAUUUUAAAAAAUAUUUUUUUUUAAAUUUCCAC